GGUGCAUAUAGAAUUUUCCCAAACCUAUAAACCCCCAAAACCCUAGAAAAGAGAGAGAAGGCUGAACUGAGAGAAGUAAGACAGAGUAAAGAGCGAUGACGCAGAAAGGGAAGCUAUUCAAAGGCCAGCAGAAGAAGAAAACGAUUCCUCCCAGCCGCCAUGGAAAAAUCACUCAAACUCGCAAAGGGAAGCGAGUAAUCAAACCUUCUAAAAUCAGCAGUGAUAUGGAUGCCGAUCGUGAGAUAACAAAAUUCAUAAACCAGUGCAAUGAGGUGAAGGCCGCCACUGCUGCAAACAAGGAAGGUGGCCAAUUAAGCAUUGUCAAAACACCUCAAGACUCUGGUAGUAACGCAAAGCAACAGUAGUUGCCGAUCUUGUAGAAUUAUGAGUGUUGAAAGUGAUAGGUUGUCUGGAAACACUUAAAAACAAACCACUGCUGAGAAUUUUGUUGUGUUGUAUUGGGGUCUUGUAAGAUUUUUCUUUUUUAGCAAGGCCAACGUGGUAUUUUAUUAGUACUUACUGCUUAAACUCGUUAUGUAGUUUGUAGCAUGUAAUUAAGGCCUAAAGUUUUGGGGUUUGGAUUGUUACCUUUCGUAUCAAUUGUAUCAACUAUAAAUAUUGGUAUAUGAAUCUGAUCCUUCGCAAUUGUGUGACUAGUAUCA